UUUAAAAGUAUUUUAAAAAUGGGCCUGCUUCAAUCACACCUCCUGUCUUGUAACCCUGUGAGUUCAAAAUCUAACACAUUAUCUGUAAAGUGUUGAAUGAAUGUCUAUGAGUUUGAAUGGGUUGUAUUGCCUGCUCUCUAUGAAGGCAAUAUCUGCUGUGCAUUGAACAGAACUGUAAAUUGUCCAAAUAGACAAAUGGUGAGAAAGGUGCCUCCAGGCAAAGGUGUGAAGAGGGUGUGAAAUCACAUCCAUUGUGUGGCAGAUGAUAUGAUAUAGGAUGUGUGUGCAUCAUGCGUCACAUGAAUCUGUGUGGAAUACCAUGUGACAGCCUCCUUGGGGGAGAAAGAUGGCCUUUUGUCUCCGGCAGGCUCAGGUCAGUUGAGCUUGUUGGUGGCGUUCACUUUCAGUCGGGACUCCACAAGAGAAUUCUGUCAAUUACAGUAGCAGGCUGAAGAAAUAUGGAUGACAUUUGGACCCUUGUGUGUUUGGGAGUUGUUUUUUCUGCUCAGACCGGCUCUACUCAAGAGACAUUAUUUGUGCUGACAGGACCUGAGGUGUUGCCUGCUGGGACGCCCUCUCUGCUGGCUGUCACCGUUCUCUCCGACCUCCCUGUCAGGGUCAAGGCUGAAGUCUCACACCUCAACAUUAAAGUGGCCCAAACAGAGAACUUCCAAGGAGGUGUGACUCAGCUGCUUACUCUCCCACCACUUCCGCCCUCCAUAACUCAAAAUUCACAUUUAAAUCUGACGUUGAUGGGCUACAAUGGGGACAACAUCGUCUUCUCCAACGUCACCACCAUCAGGUUUGACCUCAGGAAUGUCUCCUGCUUCCUUCAAACCGAACGUUCGCAAUAUCAUCCAGGAGAUGCUGUCAAAGUGUGGACCGCGUGUCUUCAGUUGGAUAAUCGUCUGUACAGAGGAAGAAUUGAUAUCUCCAUUAAGAAUCCCACUGGGAAUGUGGUAGACAGUUGGCAGUCCACUGGGAAUCACGGGAUUGUGUUUCAGGAAUUUCAUUUAUCCCCGACCCCUCCUCUGGGAAAGUGGGCAGUCACCAUGACAGUGCAGCAUGUGACUGAUGAGAGAACAUUCACUGUGGAGCAUUACGAGCCCCCCCAUUUUGACGUACUGGUGAAGACGCCACCUCAGGUCCUAAUUGGAGAGGAUAUCUCAGGAUCAGUAAUAGCCAUUUAUCCUAGCAGACAACCUGUUCAAGGAACCCUCGCUGUGUCACUCACUCAGCUGUCUGCUGUAGAUGACUUGACACAAACUAAAGAGAUCUAUGGGUCAGCUCAGUUUUCCUUCAGCAAAAGUCAGCUUCAGAGCAUCCAUGCGUCAAAAAUGGAUGUUGUACACAUUACAGCGUGCAUUACUGACAAGUCUACAGGAAUCAAAGUCAGCAGAACUGUUGCCAUCCACCUGAGGAGGAACUCAUACGAGCUUAAGUUCGGUGAUUUCCCACCGUCACUGAAGCCAUCUUUAGCCUUCUUUACAAAACUUAGCAUCUGCAGAUACGACAGAAAGCCUCUGAGCCCAGUGGAUCGAAUGAACUCCGCUGUGGUUGACGUCACUCAGAGAACAUCCACGAUGGAGGCCGAAACUACCACAAUGACUCUUCCAGUGCCUCAGGAUGGGAACAUCUACAUUCAGUUUAAAUUACAGGAUGAAGUAAAGAUGCUUUUAAUUCAGGCCACGUUUCAGUCAAGUGUAGAAACGCUGACACUCUACAACAACUACUCAUCUCCUAGCGGCUCAUAUCUUCUGAUCUCCCCAAACUUACCUGCAAAGGUUGGAUUGCCUCUUCAAUUAGAUGUGGAAAGCACAUUCCAACCAACCAAGCUCCAUUAUGUGGUGAGCUCUCGAGGUCAAGUGGUGACAGCAGGGACAAAGACUUCUUCCUCUUUUUCUCUGGUGCCGACACUGUCCUGGUCCCCUGAGGCCUGUAUCACUGUGUAUUCUAUCCUCCCUGAUGGAGAGCUCAUUAGUGACACUGCGCAGAUCCCCAUCAGUCAACAACAAUAUGUGUCUUUAAACUGGAGCAGUGAAAAAGCCCAGCCAGGUGAGCAGGUAUUGCUUACUGUGACAGGCAACGAUCCAAACUCCCAUGUCGGAAUCUUGGUGAUGGCAGUUCACGAUGAUGCUCCACAGGCUUACUGGGAUUUCAAAGCACGGCAGGGAUGCAAGGUAAAGAUGCUGUCCAAUGCUAGACUGCAUAAAGAAAAACACAUGGUGGAUGGAUCAGAAAAUGUCAGGGAUGCCCUCUUAGUGGAGAAGUACUGGACACACUGGGUGGACAGAAGUGAGCCCCUUUUGUGGUUCGAUGCUGUUCUCAGUAACAAAACAUGGAUAAGUGGGGAUAUAACAGUUCCAGAUGAUAUUACAUAUUUAGCUGCCACAGCACUGGUAAUGUCAGACGACUUGGGUUUGGGCUUCACUCCUGUGCCGCAGAAGCUGAUGGUGUCCAAGGAUUUCUCAUUGUCUCUUAAUGUUCCAUCAUACCUCAUCAGAGGAGAGGAGCUUGUAAUGGAGGUGAACAUCGUCAACCACUUAGAAAGGGACUUAGAGGUGAUCUUGUUGCUUUCACAAAGUGAAGCCUUUGAGUUUGUUUUAGAAAAACGUGGUGACAUCGGCGUGGUAAAUGCCCAAACGCUCAUCUUAGAGGGCUACGUCUCUGCCGCAGCCUUGUUCCCCAUCAGGCCUGUGGCUCUUGGGGAAAUGGAGAUAUCUGUGGAUGCCAUAUCUGCAGACUCCUCAGAUUGCCUUGUUUGGAGAGUGCUUGUGAAGCCUGAAGGAUUUGAACAGUCCUUCUCAGAAACGCUCUUCCUGGAACUGGCACCACACACCUACAACAACUCCAAGUCCAUCUCCAUCUCUUUGCCACCAGAUGUGGUACAAGGCAGCCAGAGAGCCAAUGUGGCGUUAGUGGGUGAUGUCUUGGCCUUGUCCAUCAAACAUCUGGAUUCACUGGUUCAAAUGCCUAUUGGAUGUGGGGAGCAGAACAUGGUCCACUUUGCUCCAAGUAUUUAUGUGCUCCAGUACCUGGACUGGUCCAAACAGGAUCAUCCGGAGAUCCGGAAGAGGGUUUUGGGCUAUAUGUUUGAAGGGUAUCAAAGACAGCUGCUCUACCAACGAGAUGAUGGGUCCUUCAGUGCUUUUGGUGCCAGUGACACUGCUGGUAGCACAUGGCUGACAGCUUACGUCCUGAAGUGCUUCCUCCAGGCACAACGGUACAUGCAGAUAGACCAAAGUGUCCUAGAUAGAGCCAAAAACUGGCUCAUAGACCAUCAGGGGCCCCAGGGUGAGUUCCCUGAGGUGGGGAGUUUGAUGCACACAGAAAUGCAAGGAGGACUGGAUAACAGCCCUGUGGCCCUCACAGCUUAUGUAAUGAUGGCCUUACUAGAGAGCAAGACCUAUGUGGAAAUGUACCUUAACAAUAUGCUCAUGAUGCAAACGUACCUGGAGGGGCAUGUGACCAAUGGGACGCUCAGUAACUACACACUGUGUCUGGCAGCUUAUGCUUUAGCUCUCGCCAAAAGUCCUGUGGCGGGCACUGCACUGACUGAGUUGAGCAGGAGAGCUGACUACAGAGAUGAUGUCAUGAUGUGGGCAUCCUCUGCUGGUCUGGAGUCAUAUGAAGGGCGGCCACGCUCGUCCCAGAUCGAAAUGGCUUCGUAUGUGAUGAUGGCACAUAUUCAACGUGGCAGCUUUUCUGACGGCAUUCCGAUAAUGAAAUGGUUAAGCAGGCAGAGGAACCAUCUUGGUGGCUACGGGAGCACACAGGACACAGUCAUUGCGCUCCAGGCUCUGGCUAAUUAUGCUGCAUUUAGUGGCGCCAAGGCUAUCGACCUGCAUCUCCAUGUCUCUGCUCCGGCCUCUUCAUUUAUGUUUUCCAUCAACUCCAACUCCUAUCUAACAUAUCAGCAGCAAGAGAUCAAUGCUGAGCAGGACAUUCACCUCACCGUAUACUUGGAAGGAAGAGGAUUUGCCAUAUUUCAGAUGAAUGUCUUUUACAACCUGGAGAGCAAAACGAUUUCACCGAAACGCGUCUUGCAUGCCGGCGACAAGGCGGCUUUUGAAUUAAAAGUGCACGUCAGUGAUGAUGGAGACCACAACCGCUUGUUGUUAUCUGUGUGUGUCAGAUUAAAGAACAGUCAGGUCAUAGCCCAUACGGGCAUGGUUAUACUGGACGUAGGGAUGCUCAGUGGCUUCGCUGUCUCUCCUGGAGCUUCUGCACCAGUACAUCUAAUCAGAAAGGUGGAGACGCUGCCUCAGAGAGUCUACCUCUACCUGCGUUCUCUCAACAAGUCAGAAGUUUGCAUCCAAAUUCCACUCAUCAGAAUGUUCAAAGUGGCCCACAUCCAGGAUGCUCUGGUGCAGGUUUAUGACUACUAUGAACCCACGAGGAGAGCAGAAACAACAUAUAAUUCUGAUGUUCUCCGCCACAUGGACCCUUGUGUCUUCUGUGGUGAGGAGUGUCAUCUCUGUCGGACGGGAAUCCCCAUUGUGGUGUCAAGUCUCUCAGCUCACACAAUAAGAAGCUCCACCUAUAGCCUUCGUUGUCUCCUAGUUGGAAUGAUUGCUGGCUACAUUUUUAUUAUUUUAGUCUAAUUUAAUGGAAAUAUUUGAUUGUAUGCGUAAUUAGGAUGUACUGCAAAACUGUUCAUUUAUAAUGCUCCAAAAGUGCAUUCAAAUGUACAGUAUUCUUUUUUUUCCCCCCCAGAAAUGAUUGUGUACAUUUUAUUUUUGUAGUUCUGCACCUACAAAGGGCAAAUAAAAGAAAUUGUUGCCAAAUUUCCCUCUAAAUGAAGUGCAGAAACAUUCCAUGUGUGUAGUUACACAACCUUAACCAUUUGCCACAUCAUGCAACUGUGACCCAAAUGAAUGCAGACAGACCUGCAGAUGUACGCAGAGCAAACGCACAUGUGAAUAAUCACUGGACAGUAAUCAAGCAUCUUCAUCGCUGACAAUCUUACUUUCAAUCCAAGAUUUCAAUCCACUGUGCUCAGACCGUGACGCACAUCCGUUUGUACAUCACAGCAUUAUUAUGGAUGGAAGUCAGGGGAUAUCAGUUGUCAAACAAAAAUAGGAUCAAAUAAGAUAAAAUAGCAAACACAGAGCCGGCUGGCCCGUUAGGCAAUAAAGGCAGAUGCAAUGGGCGCUGCGGCGCUGCAAUGCCCAAAUAAUAUUACUACAAAUGAUAACAAGUAAGGCUUCCCGUGCCCAAUUUUGUACAUAGUUUUAAUUUUUCAUAUAGUAAUAGUAUAUAGUGGCAUAUAGAUAUUUCAUAUAGAUUUUGUAUUUAGUUAUUUAAUUUAGUUUUUGUUUAUAGUUGCUUCAUAGUGUAGAUCAGGGGUCACCAACGUUAUUCC